ACAAACAAAGCUCCCCCGGUUAUGAAUAGUUGAGUCGUUAUAACGAGCUUUUUUUUUUUUUUACAUAAUUUGAACUUGAAAAGUUCGUGUAAAUAAGACGCAGUUGUUCUGUAUGGCCACACCUGAACCUUCAUGUGUCGCUUGCUGCUGACGCUCAGUGAACCAGACAAAAAAAAAAAAAAAAAAAGAAAGCUGACAGUAAGAACAAGGUGGUUCAACCGUGACAACCUCUUCUAUGACAAGCCAGUUAAAUCUUUAUCAGACCUUUAACGGUCAUGUUUUAACUCUGUGAAGAACCCCGACCAUGGCCGGUUAGAACUCUCAGAGUUCGGUUGGACUCAGCUCUCAGGUGGACGUCGGAGUCCUCGUUUUCCGCUUCUUCACAGCGUUCAAGACGACUUCUGGAAAUGAUCUCCGGUGAUGUGCGAGCGCUCAGUCCCUCAGAAAAACCUCCAGAGAGCCCAUGCCGUGAGAAGAAGUUUUUGUUUCGCUUCUGGUUUAAAUUCCUGGUUCUUUUGGGACUAUUAUUCAUUUUUUUGUGUUACGCCCUGUGCAACAACACACAGUCACUGCAAGAAAGUUUUUCUCUCCAAAAGCACUACAGAUGGCUUUUUGUCCUAGCUCAUCAGGUUAAUGCAUCCUCUUAUAGAGUCCAUCCAAAACACAGAGUUAUACUAAAUGAAAUUAAGGAAAACACAGAACCGUCUCCUGUGCAGCCUGAAGGUCUUCAGUACCAUGAAGCUUAUCCUCACAACUACCGGUUUGUUAUGGAUAAUGCUGAGGUUUGCAAAAUCAACACACCUUUCCUGGUCCUGAUGGUUCCUGUAGCACCAGAAAACAUUGUGGCUCGGGAUGCGAUCCGCCAGACGUGGGGUAAAGACAUCACGGUUCAGGGUGAGGUGGUACUCACUCUCUUCAUGUUGGGUCUCGAUGGAGGAGCUGAUGUCGAGAAGCUCAAACAGGAGAAUCAGCGGCACCAUGACGUGAUCCAGAGCAACUUCAUGGACUCGUAUCUCAACCUGACCAUUAAAACCAUGGUAAUCAUGGACUGGCUGGCCACACGCUGCCCUACAGCAGCUUAUGCCAUGAAGGUGGACUCUGACAUGUUCCUGAACGUUGAUAACCUGGUGAUCAUGCUGCAGACGCCGGGGAUCCCCAGAAUAAAUUACCUGACAGGAUUGCUUAUGUGGAAUUCACCUGUUAUCCGGUCAAAGGAUUCCAAGUGGUACGUUCCCGAGGAAAUUUACCCCUAUCCUCAAUAUCCGACAUACCCUCUGGGCAUGGGAUACAUCUUUUCCAAUGAUCUUCCUGUAAAAUUUGUGGAGGUCUCAAAAUCUAUCAAACCCUUUAAUAUAGAGGAUGCUUAUAUUGGAGAGUGCAUGAAAAAGCUUGGAUUUUCACUUUCCUCUCCGCUGGAUUCCUCACAGUUUAAGACUUAUAGUACAAAAUAUGAUCGCUGUGAAUUCUCUAGGAUCAUUACAUGCAUUCUUGGUUCUUCAGAAGAAUUGAUAAAUUAUUGGACAGACUAUAAGAAGCCAGGAGCUCACUGUUAGGGACAUGACUGCUCAAAAAUACAUGUAGUAAACCCCUAGCAGGGAUUGGAGUUUGCAGCUGAGAAAGCUGGUUCUUCAAACUAAUGACUCAGGGUGGCUGAAUACAAAUACAUGUCACACAGUUUAUUUGUAAAACAAAAAAACACAUAAAAAUAAAAGUGUUUUCUUAUACUUUCA